GGAUGAGAAGGAGGAGGGAGAGGGGGAGGGGGAGGCGGUGGAUCUCUUCUACACACACACCACGCCCGGCUCGGCCCUCUCUCUCGAGAUCACUUCCUUCCCUAGCAUCUCCGGGCUUCUCAUUGACAAGGGACUGGCUCUCCCUCGCCGCCGAAACUCGCCUGUUUCCAAGACAACAGUCGCCAAGCAGCCAGUGAAACAAGAGGUGAUCGCUUCCGUGGAGGAGGAGGAGGAGGAGAAGGAGAAGGAGGAGGAUGAGGCGAUGGCGUUUGACAUGCCGAGGGGCAUGCGAAGGAAGGUGGAUAAGAUAUGCCAGCAAGCUCAAAACGUCUUCUCUGCUAUGGAAGAACCAGACGUUACCUGUGAACAACAAGACGAGCGAGUUACGCUGUUCGAAGAUCCGCGAACGACACCGUCGCCACCUGGUGGCGAUCAGGAGACUCUCAUGCAGACGUGUGUCGGGGGCGCCGCUCGCAAAUUGUGCAGCCCGACGGAGCAGCAUCUAGCGUUCCUCGGCCAGCCAAUCCCGGCGCACGCUCCGCCGCGCCCGAUUCACGGAUAUCCGCCGCCUCGACCAAUCACAGAGCAGAGGUUCGCCGCAUUGCCGACGUACGUCGGUUACGAUGCGGAGUGCUACGUACAGCGCAACGACGAUGAGGGCGCUGUGCAUGAGAUGGUCGACACGCUACACGACCUGUGUGCGGGAACGGAGCCAGCGCCCGACGCCGCGUACGACAGUGGCGACCCCUGCAUUGCUCGUCGCCGCGACGACGACCUCUGGUACCGGGCGAAGGUCGUGCGGCAACACGAUGGCGGCGGCGACGUAGAGGUGUUUUACGUCGAUUACGGUAACAGCGAAACUCUGGACGUGUCGAGAUUGAGAAACCAACCCCAUCUACUGGCGCAAAUAAUAAACAUUCCGUAACUUCUGGCUAGCGCAGUGCAAGGCUGCGUCAUAUGUUUCGACUCCACCAGGUGGUCGCCUGCGAUGUACCGACGGU